AGCUAGCUUAACUGAGGCAGCUAAUAUGGGCUAGCAUCGUUCUCAUUGCACAUACAUGGAUAGCUUGCGCAAUGAUGGUGUACUGUCGGUGUUGCUGGGUAAUUCACCUGCAAGAUAAGCGACCUUUCAGCCGGCGACGUACGAGACUUAACGUUAUGUAUUAACAGACAUGUUUUAAUUAACAGAACUAAGCGGAGCAGCUGUGCAAUUUGAAAUUGUAACGUUACAGCCGAAUUAAGCACUUGGGAGUCGUUCGCUGAGAGAUGGAGGAGUUCAAGAGCAGUACUCUGGGCCGGGUAACGGUCUACUCUAUCCAGGGCUGCCCACACUGUGUGCAGGCUAAAGCCACCCUUGGACGUUUGGGAGUACCGGUAUGUGACGUGGAUCUGGGAAGGCAUCCAGAGCUAAGAGCCAGGGUCAAGGAGCUGACAGGACGCAGCUCUGUCCCUCAGAUCUUCUUCAACAAUAUUCAUAUUGGGGGCAACGAUGACCUCCAGAAAAUGAUUGCUGAGGAGCUUCAAAGGUUGGUGAAUCUGGUCAAGAAAGAGCCUCUUCCAGCAGACGCUCCACCACUACCAGAGGAGGGUCAGGCGGAGGACAUGGCUGGAGAGACUGAUGAAGAGUUUAUGUGUGAGAAAGAUGAGUUUGCAGACCUGGUAGAGGACCUCAAACAUGGCAAUGUGAUUGGGACUCAUAGGAGGGGACUGACAUUGUACAAAAAGAGCUUCUCAUGUGACCAACUGGUCGACUGGCUGCAGAGAGAGAAGGGCAUGGCCAGGGCCGAGGCCUGUAGUACUGGCCAAGCAUUGUUGCAGAAGAAGUACAUGGUCAGUGUCCGUGGAGGUGGGCAGCAGGAUGGCUGUUUUGGAGAAGGGAAAGAUGCACUGUACAGGCUGCUGGAGGAUGACCCUCAUUCAGCCCUCAACGCAGGACAGACGGCAGCCUGCAGUCCCAUCCAGGCUGCUGAACUCUCUUUGCUUGUACGGGAGUUGAUUCUGAAAUUGUUCUCUGAGCAUCUCUCUGCUGAUGGCAAGUCUGUGGACUACAAGGCCAUGUCGGUGAACCCCUCCUUUGAGCGCUACUGUGAGCUAGCCAUUCAGCUACAGAGGGUAGAGCUGCUCUCACUGAGUCGGGAGGAGAAACUGGCCUUCUUCAUCAACAUCUACAAUGCCUUGGUCAUCCACGGGUACCUACGCCUGGGGGCCCCCACCAACAUGUGGCAAAGAUACAGAUUCUUCAACUAUGUGAGCUACCUGAUUGGAGGAGAAGUGUUCACAUUACAGGACAUUGAGAAUGGAGUUCUGAGAGGGAACAGAAAAGGUGUCGCACAGCUUCUAAGGCCCUUCUCCAAAACAGACCCGCGACUACAAGUGGCCCUUCCAGAUGCUGAGCCCCUCAUUCACUUUGCCUUGAACUGUGGCGCAAAGGGCUGCCCGCCAAUUAAAACGUACACGCCACAGGACAUUGACGGCCAGCUCCGCACAGCAGCUGAGGCCUUCUUGGAGAACGACGACGCCUGUUUGGUGGAUUCUGGGAAAAGAGAAGUGCGACUCAGUCAGAUAUUCAAGUGGUACAAAGCUGACUUUGGAGGAACAGAUGAAAAGCUGCUGAAGUGGGUGGUGGAGCACAUGGGGGACUCUCCGAAGAAGACCACCCUGGAGGGGGUCCUGUCUGCUGGGAAGACCAAAGUCAGCUUCCUCCCUUACGACUGGAGCACCAACAGUUCCCACUGAGCAUGGACGCACACACACACACACACACACACACACACAUGCAUGCAUCCACACACACACACACACACACACGUCCAGCUCCAUGCUACGUCUCUUUGCAUCGGUCUGCAUUCUACGCUGCAUCCACUAAAAACCAGGUUGAUGAUGUGCUUGUCAAUCCUCUGGUCCUCAACCAUGCAAAUGUUUUUUAUACAAAAGAAACCCUUUAAAUCCAAGUGGUGAGGGGCACAUUUGCACUGUACCAUCAAAAUAUACUUCUCUUGUAGGCUUAUCCAAGCUUUAAGGUCUUCCUGUUAGCACCUACCUAUGUUUUGGAAGUUGUAUACAAGUUGUACAUGCAACUUUUACUAGUUUGAAGUAACAGCAGAGAGCCUUCAGAAAUGAAAUUGCACACUGAACUUGGUCCUGCAGCAGCAUAACUAAUGGGAUGAGAUGCACAUUAAGCAUGUUAUUGACUUCCGUUAUUAAAAUCCCAUGUAAAAUGUCAAAGCCUGAACAUUUCCCAAGUUAUUGAAAAAAAAAAAAAAAAUUUAAAUAAAAAUUAACACAGAGCUAACGGACGGCAUUCUUUUUAAUAAUUUUAACAACAAUCACCACCAUGGCUUCCGUGAUCUCCAGUCCUAAUCUUCAACCACUAUGUCAACAACUCAGGGGUCCUGGAUUAUCGCGAUCUUCCUGGUCCAAUCCAAUGUUCGUUGGGCUGUUUUACGCGCAGCUUUUAAACAGCAGAACGUGCAAACGCUGCCUCGACGAGCCAUUUCGAAACCCUUUGCACUUCCAAACGUGCUCAUUCGUGUUUACGGGCUGCGGAAGCGAGUCCGUCAUUCUAAUCUGCGGAUGUAAACAAGCAGAUUUUGUUUUCUAGAGGGAAAGAAAGUAAUAGCUGUUCCGUUUUAAAGCUUAAUGGAAAUGGCACAUUAGUGUAUCAUCCAAAGACCUGGACGGUAAAUACUCAAAUUAAAACACAACUUUUCUUGUGGCUCUGAAAAGUCUAAUUUUAAAAGAUUGUUAAAUAAAUGUAUGAUUAAGUUCCUUCUCUGACCCAGGUGUCGAGCUAUUUUCCAUUGGACAGACACAAUGCUGUUAGGUGCUGCUACUGUCACUCAUCCUCCAAAUCGAUAGCCGCAGAUUGGACUGGAACUGUAUUGAGGUGCGGUGGCUCGUCUCAAACUCGUUCUUGUUUUGAACGCAGAUUGUUUUGUUCGUUUUGAUUCCUAACUUAUUUCUUCCCUCCUUCGUGUGAACAUACAUGGUUGUUCACCCCUCUUUUGGAUCCAGGUCUUCCAUUUGAAAUUGGAAAAGAGCUACUGAUGUUUUUGUAAAAGAUAUAGGAAAUAUUUUUAAUCAUCAACAGUUUUUUGUAUUUAUUUAAUUCUACAUCCCUGAUACUUUGCAUGUUUAUCACCAAAUGUUAAUGCUGUUGAGACAUAUUUGUGAAAUGUUCACUGUUGGUCAGGAAACUGAAAUCAAUUCUGUCUGUCUUUUCUUCAGUAGUCAUGAGUAUAUCAAAUUGUGUUGAUUAGUUUGCAGUUUUUUUGGGGUGUGUCGAGUUAAGACCUUUUUUUUCCGUCAUUGAGAUUCAACUAAAUAAUGUUUCCAUAUUACCUAGCCUUAAGUUUGUUAGACUUCCUUUUUAACACAAAUCCUCCAGUGUGACGGCCACUGUAUAUGACUAAGGAGGGUGUGGCUCGGACGAACCCUUUCUUAUGCCGCCUUGGUUUCCAUAAUUCAAGAAUUUUCUUAUCUCAGGUCCAAAGUAAAUGAGAGUAGAAACAAUACUGAGUGGCUUGAUGUCAUCAAUGCACUGUAUGAUGCAGUCUGCACAGUCCAUAAUCUUUUAAAGACAGUCAUGCACAUUACUAUAACUGUUGGUUUCUUUGUCCUUGAGCUGCACCCAAUCACAAGGUGAGAUAAGCACGUCUUAAAACUGGAAAGCAUUUGCUGCACAAGAUAUGAGAAAAGUCUCCAAUUUUAAAUGGCGGCCUGUAGCAGUAGCCUCUAAGCUCAGCCAGAAGGAAUACUUGGACCUCAACACUCAUCCUCCCAAUUAGACCAUUAAGUGUCAGUUAGACCCUGAUAUCGGAAUAAAUGUGUGCAAUAGAUUUAAAACAUCAACUCGACUAAAGACAGUAAAAGUGCACCGUUGGCUUCACUGCACUUUGAGUGGACGGAAAAAAAGGUUUUUGUUUACCUAUAUUGAUAAUCCAUGUACUUCUUCAAAAUUACCUCAUGUAUCAGGAACAUGUGAUGCAAAAUGUUUUUUAAAUUCUAAUAUAAUCUAUGUUCCUCAUUCCUUGGGGUUAACAAUAAAGCAAUAUGUUUAUGAAUGGUAAAUAUGCAAUGCUGAACUAAAAAAAUAAAAUACAUUUGUCUCA